UGUUUAGCAAGUCUAGUUUCUUCUAUCACAACUUGGUUUUUGCUCCCAUGUUGACCGCGUUUACUUCUGGUUUGUCUUUGUCAUAACAGUGAAACUUGAUUUGAUGAUAAACAAGCAUAUGGUUAGAAUAGGCAUGAAGAUAUGAUUUUGGGGGUGGGUAUGGCACUCAGAGGAAAAUGGGUUUUGAUUCCACUCUGUUGGUUCUGCCUCUUUCCGAUUUGCUUAUCGGCGGCGAAGGAGAAGCUGCGGUUUGGAAAAAAUGGAGAAUUUAAGAUCUUACAGAUUGCUGACUUGCACUAUGCUAAUGGGAAGACUACUCAUUGCUUGGAUGUGCUUCCUUCUCAGUAUGCUUCUUGCUCUGACCACAACACCACCGCCUUCAUCCAAAGGAUCAUCCUUGCUGAGAAACCCAACCUUAUUGUCUUCACUGGGGAUAAUAUAUUUGGAUAUGAUGCCUCGGAUCCAGCUAAAUCAAUGGAUGCGGCAUUUGCACCUGCAAUUGCUUCAAACAUUCCUUGGGUAGCUGUUUUGGGCAACCAUGACCAGGAAGGAUCUCUCUCCAGGGAAGGGGUGAUGAAACAUAUUGCUGGGAUGAAAAACACUUUAUCUAUAGUCAAUCCUCCGGAAGUUCACAUAAUUGAUGGUUUUGGGAACUAUAACUUAGAGGUUGGAGGAGUUGAAGGAACUGAUUUUGAAAAUAAAUCAGUUCUCAAUCUGUAUUUUCUUGAUAGUGGAGAUUACUCCAAGGUUCCCUUCAUUCCUGGCUAUGGUUGGAUCAAACCAUCUCAGCAACUUUGGUUCCAACGGACAUCUGAAAAGCUUAGGAAAGCGUACAUGAAUGGACCGGUGCCUCAGAAAGAAUCUGCUCCUGGUCUUGCAUACUUUCACAUCCCAUUACCUGAAUAUGCUAGUUUUGACUCAUCAAACUUCACAGGUGUGAAACAAGAAGGCAUAAGUUCUGCUUCUGUAAAUUCUGGCUUCUUCACAACAUUGGUUGAAGCAAGAGAUGUGAAGGCAGUUUUCACUGGUCACGAUCAUGUCAAUGACUUCUGUGGAAAGUUAACAGGUAUACAUCUUUGUUAUGCUGGCGGAUUUGGGUAUCAUGCUUAUGGAAAAGCUGGAUGGUCAAGGAGAGCAAGAGUGGUGGUAGUUAGCUUAGAGAAAACAGUGAAUGGUCGUUGGGAAGAUGUCAAGUCAAUUAAAACAUGGAAACGCCUUGAUGAUCAAAAUCUAACUGGUAUUGAUGGUCAGGUCUUAUGGAGCAAGAGUUUUGGUGGAAACCGCAGGAAAAAACAAGAUGGUGGCUCUUAGAAUUUACAGUGAUGUAGACAAAUGAUGUAGCAAUACAAGGUGGUUUGGGCAAAAAGAAAAAAUAAAAGGGAUGGAAGUUCAUUAACGUGGUGCAAUGAUUGUAUACUAUGCAAUUGCAACUGUUCGUACACAUGUAGAAUCAUGAUGUCUAUGCCAUUAAUUUGUUCUUACGUGUGACCUCAACCUGAAAGUUUUAUUCUAGAAGAUUGUUGAUGUAAUGCACCAUAAAUUGAGAGUAGAUUUCUACUUGUAUUGUAUGGACAUUUAUGCCACCUUAUAGGGAUAAUACUUUUGCAAUAAAUUCACAAAGUUACUGCACAA